AUGCCGCUCAGAGUUAAGGCUCUUUAUGAUUGCUCUGCCGAAGAUGCUUCGGAGUUAUCUUUCAAGAAAGGCGACAUAAUCGUCGAUGUGGUUGAAACGGAAGAACUAGGUUGGUUGCGCGGUAGAAAGGAAAAUUCUCAGCAAUGCGGGCUUAUACCGGAGAAUUAUGUAGAAGUAUGCGAAGAAAAGGCGCCACCGAAACUCCCUCCACGUUUGCCUCCAAGGAAACCGAUCCAAGACGCAGAGAAGUUAAAUUCAUCUAAUGAGGUUCCUCAGUCGAAAACUACAACUUCUAUCGGAAAUAAGCCAUCAUUAAAGAUACCACCCGCUGUAAAACCGAAAGUUCAGCCUAAUACAUCUUAUAUAGAAAAGGAUUUAUCGGAGGAACCAAAUGAAGAGGAAAUACCAAGAAUUUCCGUUAAGGAUAUUAAAGCAAAUUUCGAUCGUAGUGCUAAUCAAUCACAAAAACCAGUAGCUCCAGCGAGACCCCCCGUCAUUACUCCAAAACCUAAAUCAUCUAGUUUAAAUAAUAAAAUUACUCCUGUUUUACCUCCAAGACAAGUUAAGGAUGAUAAUGUAAAUACUUCAAAGCCACCAUUACCGCCAAGAAAGCCAUCUUCCUCAUCUUCACUAACGAAUGAUGAUAAUAAUGAACCUCCUCAGACUCCCUCAAUAUCUGCGAAAUCUGGGCAAAUAACAAAGGUGUUUGAUUCAAAAAAGAUUGAUCAAGCUCAAAGCCAAGUAAAGAGUACUACACAAGAUAUGGCUGGGCAAGCCGCAAGGCGGGGCAUAUCACAGGCAUUUGUGCAAGGCAAAGCUGAGUAUGGUGAAUCAAAAUACGGAAAAAAAGUUCCUGAAGGAUUUUUAAAUCGUGUAGAAAAGCGUGCUCAAAUAGAGGCUGACAAGCAAGCACAAAAGGCUGCAGGGGAGGCUUUUGAUGAUAAAGUAGCAGAAUUACGUAAAGAGAAUGGAUCUGAAUCUCAAAAAUCGAGAUCCAGUAACAACUCUAAUAAUGGAUUUACAUUUUCAAAGGCGUCCGAUAUGGUUUCUAAUGCAUUAACAAAAUCAAAUUCUCUGAAGCCUUCGAUUCCUUCAAGGAAAACUAAUAAUUCAGAAAUUAAAAUUCCUCGUAGGCCUGCGCAGCAUAAUAAUCCUUUCAAAGAACAUAAUUUAUCUCAAGGUAUUAAGCCUGAUGCUAGAAAACGGUAUGAAAUUGUUUUUCAAGCAAAUAAGGACGAUGAUGGAUAUAUUGAUGGAGCUGUUGUCAAGGAAAUAUACUUACGAAGUCGGUUGGAUAAUCAAACUUUAUGUAAAAUAUGGGUUCUCUUGGACACUGAUGAAGAUGGACGUUUAUCCAAAAACGAAUUUUGUGUUGGUAUGUUUUUGAUCGAUGAACGACUAAGAGGAAAUCCGGUUCCUGAUGAGUUACCUGAACAAUUAUUAUGCGAAUAG